AUGGUGGCCACGUUACAGAGCGUCCUGCCUGCGCCAAAGUACAGCGCCGCUGUUGCCUCCCAUGAUGAUGACAACAAAGAGUACGACAACGCGGAAGCCGGACCCUCCACCUCACCUUCCGCUUCCGCGUCCACUUCCACUUCCAACGUCCCACCUUACGGUCAGCGAGCAUCAUGGCGACCACGAACACAAGCCGACUUUGGUGGCGGAGGUGCAUACCCGGAAUGUCACAUCGCACAAUACCCGCUCGACAUGGGCCGAACAAGGUCAGCUGCAGGAGGCAACAAGAUCGCCAUGCGCGUAGACGGCGAGGGCAACAAGCGAUACGAUGCAAUCGUCAAGCAAGGUUUGAGACCAGGACAGACUGUUCAGACAGAGUACAAGGAUCUUGUACCUCUCUCCCAGCGCACUGACCUCAAGGACAAGGAUCGAGCAUCAGGCUUCGAGCGUCCAUCACAAGAAGAAGUGAUGAGCACAACCGAACGAACACGUCUCGCACUCGAAGCACUCACAAAGACCAGAUCCAAAUCUACCGUCGCCAAACCCGUCAGUCAAGCCGGUGCAAGGCAAGAUGCACAGUUCAUUCGUUAUACACCAGGUCAACAAGGAGCAGGGAAUGGCACACAACGAAUCAUCAAGAUGACCGAAGCAGCACGCGAUCCACUGGAACCGCCCCGUCAUCGAUUCAAGAAAGUCGCCCCUGGUCCACCUUCUCCACCACCACCCGUUCUUCGCUCACCACCACGCAAAGUUACAGCACAGGAGCAGAAGGAUUGGAUGAUUCCACCCGCAAUUUCAAAUUGGAAGAACAACAAGGGUUAUACUAUUCCACUUGACAAGCGUCUCGCUGCGGACGGAAGUGGCAUCAAGGAUGUUGUGAUUAACGACAACUUUGCUCAGCUUGCAGAGGCGCUCAAUCUUGCGGAUAGACACGCAAGGGAGGAAGUACGACAGCGUAGUAUCAUGCAGCAGAAGCUUGCGGCUAAAGAGAAGGCUGCAAAGGAGGAGCAUCUGCGGAAUCUUGCACAGCGCGCACGAGAGGAGCGUGCGGGACUUUCUUCCGCUACACCUUCUGUCUCUGGUCGUGGUGGAGACGACGAUGACGAUGUAGCUUCACGACUGGAUGACUCGGAUGUACCUUCACGCAGCCGCGGUGGUGCUGUUGCAUCCGGCAGCCGCGGUGGUGGCAUGUCAGCGAUGCUUGCAGGCUACGGAUCCGAUUCAGACUCCGGAUCAGGCUCUUCUGCCGGUGAAGGCGACGAAGAUGACGAAGGAGCACGCGAACGCGAUCGUAUCCGAGAGGAACGACGUCGCGAGAGAGAACGUGAACUUCGCAUGUCCAAUAUGGGUACUGAACAACGUGCCAAGCAACUUCUACGAGAGCAAAACCGAGAUAUCUCUGAAAAAGUCGCUCUUGGCCUUGCGAAACCAACUGCGUCUAAGGAUUCGAUGACAGACAGUCGUCUGUUCAACCAGGAAUCACUUUCAGCCGGGUACGGUGAUGAAGAUAGUUACAAUCUUUACGAUAAGCCUCUGUUUUCGGGAAGUUCGGCUGCUGCCGCUAUCUAUCGUCGUCCAGCAGGGAGGGGUGGAGCUGAUGAUAUUUAUGGAGCAGGUGGUGGUGAUGAGGGUGCGUUUGAGGAAGAGCUUAAGAACAACGAUCGAUUCGGGUUGGGUCAAAGCAAGUUCAAAGGUGCCGAGGAUGCUGAUGCCGGUCCAUCUGGUGGUGCAGGUGGGGAGAGAUCAGGUCCGGUUCAGUUUGAAAAGGACACAACGGAUCCUUUCGCAAUCAACCAGUUCUUGGAUGAUGCAAAGCGAGGAAUUAAGCGUUCAGGACUCGAGUCUUCUGACUCACGCAAGAAACAGCGCGACAAAGAUGCCUGA